AUGUGUGGACAACUUAUUGCAUCUGAUGUGUGUCGUGGACAUGGCAGUCCUAUGGGCUGUGGUGUCAUGACACCAGCAGCCUUAAGGUGUGUCAUGACACCAGCAGCUGUAAGGUGUCAUGACACCAGCAGCCUUAAGGUGUGUCAUGACAUCAGCAGCCUUAAGGUGUGUCAUGACACCAGCAGCCUUAAGGUGUGUCAUGACACCAGUAGCCUUAAGGUGUGUCAUGACACCAGCAGCUGUAAGGUGUGUCAUGACACCAGCAGCCUUAAGGUGUGUCAUGACACCAGCAGCCAUGAGGUGUGUCAUGACACCAGCAGCUGUAAGGUGUGUCAUGACACCAGCAGCUGUAAGGUGUGUCAUGACACCAGCAGCUGUAAGGUGUGUCAUGACACCAGCAGCCUUAAGGUGUGUCAUGACACCAGCAGCCAUGAGGUGUGUCAUGACACCAGCAGCCUUAAGGUGUGUCAUGACACCAGCAGCUGUAAGGUGUCAUGA